AUGUCUUCGAGAAAACUCCGUCAAGCUCUCCAGCCAAUACGUCCCAAACGACCUGCAGAGGACCUCAUACUAGAUGAGCAACCAUUACACCUCUUGACUGCCGAUAGUUUGAAUAAUACACCCCCUGAUGAUGGGCAACAACAGGAGCCUAGCAAGCAAGCCCAUGCCAUGGAGUCUUCUUAUGAUGUAGAACCAGCCGAUCCUGACGAACCGCCGUCGAAUCAGGCUUCUUUACCGCCUGCAUCAAAUGUUUUCACGCCUACGGUAGCUGAGUCAAAUCACACAGAGCCAGCUGAAACAAUGCAGUUUAACUCGAUUCCACAUCAAUGGCCCUCACAGCUAGCCAGCAGCAACAGUACCAUGUGGCUCCUGCCACCCUACACCGAUCAGUCUACUGCCAUUGCUUGUCUAUUGAAGACAGAGAUACAAUCCCAUAAUAUAACAAAAGAGAUGCUCCAUAAUACGGAGCAGCGACGACUUGAUGCGGCGAGACAAUGCGAAAGACUGCAAACUGAUGUUAAUGCUUUCAGCAUGGCUUAUAACAAUGCAUCCGCGUCUCUUCAAAAGUGUGCGGAAGAAUUUGCUCGAUUGUGCGAAGAUUACGCACGAGUGUCAUCGGAGAAUCUGAAACUGAGGGACAGCAACUUGUACCAGCAGCAGACUCAUCACCACGCGCAGAGUCCAAGCAGCAGUAUUACACUGAGAGAGGGUGAAAGUGAAAUGAGGUCGAAGCCGAGUAGCCCAUGGCUACGUGGAUCAGAGUCUAGUUACUCUCCCGAGUUAUGAAUGAUUAUUUUCACUCGAUGUAUGUGUCUUAAUUAGGAACAGGCGAUAGAGCCUCGUCUAUUCACUCUUGGAUAUGUCAAGGAACAUUUCGUGGCUUUGAACGGGGGCUUGAGUGAAUUGUGAAAAUCAUUUCAGGAAAUCAUUUUUUACUUGAGAUGUGUCUCCUGUUGUACAAGGUUUACAUUCGUAGUAAUUACAGCCUCUCUGCAAGGAUACCAUGAUCUUUGAAUAAAUUUACUUCGCAUAUGCCGUGUAUGUCUAAGAAUUGAAGUCGAAACUCAACCUUUGAGUGGGCGAUGGCCCUUAUAUAUGGUUAGGGUGAAGAGUUGGGUCACGUGACCCCUGGAAUCGCCCUUCAAACAGUAAACACCCAACCACACUCUAUACACGUCAAAAAAGAGUGUCUGGCAUAAGCUUCAGACGGUUGAACUCCAUGUGUCUUUUGAAAAAGUGAUCCUCGUUCCAGGGCUUGCUAUCACAACAUAGGAGGCAGCUGCCAGAAUAGAUAACCAGCGUCUGCCAGUGGCGUCGUCUAAUAUCUUACGUCCACUCAUAACUAGACACGUAUGCCUUGCCACUGGAUACAAUGAAUGUAUGCCUUGCGCACUGUCCGCCCUGAUAGAUCGCAAGGUGGUGUAGGGAGGAGGACGAUGAUUCGAUUGAUGAAUGCGAGGAUGCAGCGACGGCGGGGAGAUGAAACACUACGGCGACAAGUAGAUUCCGAUUAGUCGAACUAAUGUGCGUCUGAGAAUCGAGAUAUUAACCCAAAAAUGGAGUUGAGGAAACGAGUUACCGAUGAGAGGUUUUCAUCUGACUCAGCACGUAAAAAUCAGUAGAGGAUUUUCGUCUUCACUUUUCUCAAAACAUUUUUUUCGUUCCUUCUCCCAUGUGCCUUUCUAAUACGUUGAUUUGAAUCCAAUUCAUCCUUUUUCAUUGCUCUCUUUGGUCUGUAAAUAGGUGCCGUUCCGGCUGGUGGUUUACAAAAGCUGAUUGCGACAAGCGAAAACAGGCACCCAUUGGCACUUGUUCAAACCAACUCCACGACCAUCUUCUCAAGGCUAUCAAACUACGAUUUGAGCUU